CCCCCCCCGCUUUUGCUCACGCGAUUCAAGCAGAGAAAGAGACAGAACGGGCGAUGUCAAUGUGGCACUUCUCCCGCUUCCUUCUCCACGCUGCCACCACAACCGCAGUGUCUGCCUCCGCGUCCGCUUCGUCACGGCGGUGUCGGUGUUAGGGAAGCUCUAGCGGUGCCGGUAUGCUUUGCUCCCAGCGGCUGUGGAGCCUACGACGGUGCCGGGAAGGAUGGUGAGGUAGAGGUGAUAGCGAAGGAGGCGAAGCAGCUGAUGCGGCUGGCGAACAUGCAAGGCCUAGGGACGGCGAAGUGAGGAGGCCGCUGCCGAUGGUCCACUCCCGCUCCUUGCAAACGGCCGAAGAGAAGAGCAACGGGAAAAAAGAGAAAGAAAGAGAAAAGUGAGAGAGAGGGAGGAGGAAGAAGAGGAGAGAGGAUGAUAUGUGGGCCCCACAUGUAAAUGGGUCCCACAAUUUUUCUUUGUGUGAAUGACAAAUGGGUCCCACAUAGUUUUUUUAAUUCUAAUGCCUCGUUGCUGCCACGUUGAACAAAGACCAGGUCAACAUCGCCAUGUAAGUGUCACGUCAGCAAAAUAGUCUUCUAAAACCGCCGAGGGAGUAAAAUUGCAGCGAUUUCAAUAGUUUGGGGUCGAGAUAUCCGGUUUUGUAAUCCAGAGAAACGAAUCAAAUUCAAUAGUUUAGGGAGUCAAAGUAGACUUAUUCUUCCCCAAUCCAUCUCAGGAUCUCUACCGAUCCAUGGCGAUGUCCGCCGCCGCCGCCUCCGCCUCUGCCUCCUCCUUCCCCAACUGGGUGAUGCUGGAGCGAUUCGUCUUCCGCAGGGACGACGACACCAGGGCUACAGUACUGAGGGCAUCCGGUUCCGGAUCCCACGGGACCCCCUUCACCAUCGCCUUCCGCAUCGCCGACCCUCCGGCGAUCUCCCGCCUGUACGUGCGGUGGCCGCAGGGCCCGGACCCGGAGGAGAUGGUGGCGUGCCCCCUCGUCGCCACCCACCGCAACCUCGUCCUCGUCUGCUUCUGCUACAUCGUCGAGUCCCCCUCCGGCCCGGCUUGCCCGCAGGACUACUUCAUCUUCACCGCGUCCGGCUCCGGCGACGGCGACGUCGACCACCACCCAGUUCCCUCGCCGCUACUCAAGGCCCUCCCCCCAUGUACCUACCAUGAUGAGGGCGACGGCAACGACCUAUCCAUGCGGUAUCCGUUGGAGUUCCGGUCCGUCGGCAUCCUGUGCCGAGGCGAAGAGUUCGCCGUCGCCGAGCUGCAGGUCCUCAGAACCGCCAGUGGCAGAGUCAAAGCCAGGCUGUGCGUGCUCCGCUCGGCCAUAUCCUCCUCCAAAGACGAAGAUGAAGCAGAAGAUGGAGAUCAUGGAGGCGGCGGCCGGCGGCCGUGGGAUAUCAUGGAGCUGCCGAUCGUGUACGACGGCGACGAGGAGCGCUGCGACAUCUUCUACUGGACCACCGACGCCGUGAUCGCCUUCCAAGACCACCUCUGCUGGGUGGACUACGACCGAGGCAUGCUCCUCUGCGACGUGCUGCGGACAAGCCCUAGAGUCGCCUUCCUCCGGUUUCCUCUGGACAGCUCGAUCAUCCCUACCGGCAGACGAUCUCGCCGCAAUUUCUCCCAGGUGUACCGCGGCGUGUCCGUCACCACCGCCGCCACCGGCGGCGCCGCCCUCAAGUUCGCCGACGUCAGCCGGCACGACGGCAAGCUCCUGGGCUCCCUAGAACAAGGACGAGGAGGCUACACCAUCACCUGCCACACUCUGAGGUCGACGUUAGGGGCGGCCGCCAUUGAUGACGAGUGGAGCUGGAGCAAAGACUUCGCGAUCGCGUCCGACGAGAUUCUUCGGUCCUUCGAGGGCGCCCCCGAGCUCGAGCCUCGUGAGGUUCUCCUGUUCCCUACCGUGAGCAUGGACACGCCGAGCGUCAUGCACUUCCUCACCUGCGACUACGACCGCAUGAUCAGGAAGAUGUCGGUGGUGACCAUUGACAUAGCCAGCAAGAUAGUGUUGUCGGUUGUUCCAUAUGUUAACGGGGAGGAGGACCUUUCCGGUGAGGAUGCCGACAUGGUCAGGGCGAAGUCGGGCUAUCCCCAGUCCUUCCUCCCCUCAGAGUUUUCCAAGUACUUCAAUUCAAUCUAAGGGUGUGUUUAGUUCACGUCAAAAUUGAAAGUUUGAUUGAAAUUGGAAUGAUGUGACGGAAAAGUUGAAA